UCUGUCAACUGCUGCUGUUCCUGGAGGAGGCGAAUUUACGUUUAUGAAGCCAGAGCUAAACAACAACACAACAGCCAUACAACUUUUUACGGUGUCGUCCUGUGACUGCCACGACCCCGCUCGCCAUCGCUCGGCCCCCUUCACCAUGCGGCAAAUCCUCGGGCUGCUCUCGCUCCUCGCCUGCCUCCUGCGGCCGGUAGUAGGCCCUUUGCCAACGAAGGAGGAGCUUUGUGACACGGUCGUGGACAUCGAAGUGAAGAAAGCGUGCCUGGAAUGCUUCAAUAGUGCAGGAACUUUACAAGAAUCGCCAGAUGAUUUUCGCUUCUGCGUCGGGAGUUAUCUGCCUCAAAAGCUCGCCGAUUGCAGCGUACCCCACCAUGAACAAUCGCGCAUGCAACACGGCAAGCCCAACUUGCACCCUAACCACACCAACGCCAACCUGAUGCCGCGAUGCCUCACCAAGAGCUUAGAGCGUCUCGAGCGAUACCUCGAGAGGGAGAACAUCAUCGCCCGCAGCGGAGGCAAGAUCGUGAAGGCCGUCGCCACCUCGACGCUGGUCAAGGACGGAGGGCCGGCGCUCGUGGGCAUCGUCGCGCAGCAUAAUCUCCUGCAGCAGAGUGAAGUUAAGGCCAUGGUAGACAGCGUGGCGUCCGAAUGCGUGACCAAGUACCAUAAGCACCACGGUUCAGGCAAAGCUGACGGGAAAGGGAGCAGGAGAAUGAGCUUGAGGACCCUGCAGAAGGCUUUGACUCUCGAUCCUGAAGAAGAAGACGUGGAAGAGGACGACGAAGAGGCGGCUGAAGGGUGGAGUGUGCGUUGGCCCCAGGGCAAUGCAGGCGCGGGCAAUGCAGGCGCGGGCAAUGCAGAGCGUACCGGCAACAACCUUCCCUUUGAUGGCGUGGGCCAGUUGGCAGAACCUAUCCUGAAGGGGCAGUGCAUCGUGGAGAAACUGAUCAGCAACGACUACGGCUACGAGCUGAUCAGCAUCAUGGGCCAGGAUGAAUUCUUCUUGCCGAUCCCUUCGUGGUGGCUGAGACCUCUUCUCGUCUAUUACAAAAACUACAGGGAGAAUUUCGAAAACGGGAGGCACGUUUGACUCGCAGGAAAUUUGAACCCGUCUGUCGCAAUAACGGUUUCCCAUUUCCGUGUCUUCGCCAAUCCAUGAAGAAAACAGAAGAAAGAAACUAGGAGAGGAGAAGAAGAAAAUGAAAAAAAAAGAAAAAAAAAUUAUUGACUUAUCCAUUCCCCCUAUUUUCGGCCUAUGAGGAAACAUAUCAUUUAUAAUUCCCGAUUUUGCAUAAAUCUUUUCAAAUUUUUAAAUAUUCUGUAUUGUAUCUCAAGCAUGUAUAUGGGUAUUAUGGUUUAUCAAAUAUCAUAAAUAUUAUACUGUGUUUGUAUACUAUGGAUUCGGUU